GUUUUGUGGCGGGAAAAGCAUCGUCUUCCGUACCGCCUCUGACCCUCUUUAUCUCCGGGCGCGGCCCGGCCAGCAUGGAGCCGCAGGCGGAGGACGCGCGGGACGCCCGGUCCGCGGACUCGGGAGGGGCGGGCGGGCCGCCGCUCGUCGCCGGCGCCCGGGAGCCGCGCAGCGAGGAGCGCCUGUCGCUGCUGCUCAGGCUGAGAGCACAGACAAAACAACAGCUCUUAGAAUAUAAGUCGAUGAUAGAUGCAAAUGAAGAAAAAACUCCAGAACAAAUCAUACAAGAAAAACAAAUGGAAGCAAGAAAGCAUCAGCUUUGCCUAUCAUCCCAACACUGGGUGGCAGAGGCAAGAAGAUUGCCAAGUUUGGAUCCAGCUUGGGCAGUGUAGCAACUUUCCUGUCUCAGAAUAAAAGUUAAAGAGGACUGGGAAUGUGGCUCAGUAUGAAGACCCUGUAUUCAUUCCCCAGUACUGCCAGAAAUUCAGUUUGCCACAUCUGUAGCUAUGCGUUGAUAGGGUGAGUCUGUAGAAUACUUCUCUUUAAACAGAGAUAUUUUACUGUUCUCAAAGAUUUCCUUCAUACAUUUAUCUUAGUAGUGAAUUUUUCUGAUGUUGCUGA